AUGCCAGAAAAAGCUCCUCCCGCAUUGGAUAAGUAUGAUGGUUCAACUGAUCCGGACAAACACCUAAGGACGUUCGGUAAUGCAAUGACAUUCUAUACAAAUAGCGACCCAAUCAUGUACAAAGCCUUCUCAUUAUCACUCAAGGAAGAGGCAUUGGAAUGGUAUAACACUCUUCCUCCCAACACAGUGGAUUGCUUCGCAACUAUAGAGACCCUCUUUAGGAGACAAUUCGCAACCAAUCGGAGACAGGAGAUAACAACGAAGGAAUUGGUUAAAACCAAGGAAGAAAAGGACGAAACUUUGAAAGCCUUUAUGAAAAAGUAUAAUGAAGUCGCACGGCGAGUUAAAAAUGUUAAUCACACUUUUAUCAUCAACAACCUGCCUUCAUGCCUAAGGCUAAGAUAUUUUGCUGAAAAAUUAUAUGCACGACCACCAAAAACAAUGGAUGAACUUCUGGAAAGGAUAGCUGAGUUUAUUCAUAUGGGGGACAUGCGAAUGUCACAAAGAAAGCAACAACAGGAAGCUGAUGUAGGCGGAAAGAGAAGGAACGAUAGACAAACAUUCGACGACAAAGACAGGGGAGGAGGGUCUCGACCAAAGGAUUUACCCCGAAUGCCUAAGUUUGAUCAUUACACAGCUAUUAAAACACCCAGGGCAAAAAUCCUCGAGGAAACUCUUAAUGCUAAACUUCUUUCGGUCAUGAAGCUUCAUUCACCUAAAAAUGUAGAUGGAGGAAGGCACUGCCAAUACCAUCAAAACCUGAGACAUACCACCGAAGAGUGUGUAACACUCAAAGAUAAAAUCGAAUCACUCAUUCGUGCAGGCCAUCUCCGUAAGUGCGUGAAGAAGGAUCGACGACGGAUAAGAAGCUCAUCAAGGUAUCCACAAAGAAGUACCAAACGACCGUGUAGAAAGGAGGAGUGGAAAUAUAGGCGAAGUCGUAGCUGCAGUCAUAGCUCUGACCGCACAAUUCGGGGGCGUAUUGACUAG